UUGACGUAUGAAUCAUUGUUCCCAAGAUGGCGUCGCACCUGUUUACCCGACACUGAUGCUCCGUGUUUUCUGCGCAACGUACGACAAGUAAAACCUCUUGUUCAUAAAGUGUCGGCGGAGUGAAACAGCGGGGGAGAAGUCGCCAUGUCCACAGAGGAGCUGUCGGCCUCGGACAGCGAGGCCAUGUUCGCCGGCGCAGGGGAGCGAUGGGCUCCGGUCGGCGCCGUGGCCAGUCCCGAGGAUGAGAGCGGGAGCGGCUGCGCUGAUCAGCCGAAGCAGAGAGGCUCGUCCUCGGCCACGGAGGAGGAGAUGGCUACCCAGCUGAGGAGGCUGGAGGAGGAGCAGGACCAGCUGAACUCCUCUCUGCUCGCCCUCACCUCCCACUUCGCACAGGUCCAGUUCCGACUGAAGCAGAUCGUUCACGCACAGAGCGACGAGAAGGAGCGGAUGCUGGCCGAGCUGGAGGAGUUCGCCUUCAGGGGCUGCCCGCAUGUGGUGGGCUGCAGAGCGCAGGAAGCCCAGCAGCUGGAGAACUCGAGGGAUCUGAGUGAGAGGGAGAAGAGGGAGCGCCUGGAGGCCCAGAGGGAAAAACAGAAGGAUCUCAUUUUCCAGCUGAAGACACAGCUGGAUGAUCUGGAGCACUUCGCCUACCAGGAGGGCAGCUACGACUCGCUGCCGCAGUCUAUCGUCAUGGAGAGACAGAAGGUCAUCAUUGACGAGUUGAUCAAAAAGCUGGACGUGAACCUGAACGAGGACAUUGGGAACUUGUCGCCUGAGGAGCUUCGGCAGAGAGUCGACGCUGCUAUCGCUCAGAUAGUGAACCCAGCCCGUGUCAAAGAGCAGCUGGUAGAUCAGCUCAAAACCCAGAUCAGGGACCUGGAGAUGUUCAUCAACUUCAUCCAGGAUGAGGUGGGGAAUCCUCUCUUGCCAGAUGUCGGACUCAGCCAGCAGCCACAAGCAGCAGGGACCAAUGCCAGAACUCCAGGGAUGAAGAAGAAAGUGGACCCUGAACAGGCCCAGAAGAUGCGAGAGACUGGCCUGCAGCUGAUCCAGAAGGCCAUCGCCGUGCUGCAGAUCUUCGCUGCGAGCCAGUUCGGCUGUGCGACUGGACACGUUCCCCAGAGCAUGUGGCCUCAGGAGUCUGCGGCCCAGGACUACGGGCCCCUGCUGCAGCGUCUGGAGGCAGCUGUAGAGAAAGUGCGAGUGCUUGGCUCGCACAGACAUCCCUCCCUGGAACACGUCGUCAACUACACCAGCAACACGGCCCUGGGCCCCCGAGAUGAGCUGACGACGUCUGUGAGGAAGGAGCUGGCGAUUGCUCUCAAAGACUUAUUGGCUCACGGCCUCUUCUUGCCCUCUCAGACCAUGAGCUUGGUGCUGGCGCCCAUCUCCUGCCUGCUGCCUUACAGACCAGACCCACAGACCAUGCACCCAUGGGACCUCUUUGUCAAAUACUACCACUCCAAAAACGGGAAGGCCUUUGUGGAGACACCAGCCCGCCAGCUUUCACAGUCCUUCAGACUGCCUUUAGGGGGCGGACCAGUGACUGUAACCCCUAAACAGUCUCUGCUGUGGGCUAUCCACACUGUGCUGAAGGAGCACGGACGUUACAAGAGAGGACCGGACACAGAGUUGAAAGCGCUGGUGUGCAUGGCUCUGAACGAGCAGCGGCUGGUGUCGUGGCUCAACCUGCUGUGUAAGUCAGAGACUCUGAUUCACCCGCACUACCAGUCCUGGAGCUACAUGGCUCAGACCGGCUUCGAAGGAGCCCUGCGCAUCCUUGGCCGCAUCAGCCACCUCAAAUUCAACCUCCCUGUGGACCUGGCCGUCCGGCAGCUGAAGAACAUUAAAGAUGCUUUCUGAGGAGGCAACAUAUACGUCAAAAGUCUGAAAAGUAGAGAAGCGACAGUGUCAGAUUUCAAGUAUUACAUCAGCUAAACCACACAGUUCUUACCUGCAUUCCAAAGCAUGUUUUUGUGCUUCAAGUCAGUAACAUUUUGAAGGUCAUUGAAGCAGCCACCCAUCUAAAAUCUACAGUUCAUGCAUGGAGGAUUUUAUUGUUUGAGCUUCAACCAUGAUCUGCACCCUGUUUAAGAUGCCAAAAUGACAAGAAGACAAUGCUGCUUGUACUGUAAACCUGCCUUAGAGUGAAGAUGGAGAUUACCUCAUCUUUAGUAAAGCCUUCCUGACCUUUGCGACCUGUGCUCCUCGUACAGUAAUAGGACCUUGGCCUAUUCAUAAAAGGGAUUGUUGGAUUUUUACAGUAAUUAUUACUGCAUUGUGGUUACAAGUUAGCCAAUCCAUUGAGAAAAUGAAUGAGCAGAAAAAUGUCUUGAUACUGUGGCUUCCACACAGUAACUACUAGCUAGUGAUGUCCUGCUCCUGGUGUCUGUUCUGCUCCGUUCUUCGAUCAUGGACUGAAUGAUUUCUGUGGUAAAUCACAUGUAGCACACUGGCUGAUCGCGAAGCUGAACGACAGCACUCAGGUCAACUUGAAAUGAAAAAUAUCUUUCCAUUGAGUCGUGGAGUCAAAGUGUUGAGUAACAUCGCCUUCAAUUACGCAGUUAUCAACCUACUGACAAUGCUCUCGACUCCAUUAGAAACCUCGGAGGCUGUUAUCAGUUGUUGCAUGCUGCGUUUCAGAUGUGCGAACAACAUUUAGACCCUGUAUGAACUGCUGCUCUAAUCGUUCCAGAUUAACUGGCGGCGAUAUGUUCAUUUCAUGGCGUAACGGUUUACAUUCCGCAUUUAACGUGAUUUUAGGACAUUAAAAGUUUCAUUUUAUUUCCAGUUUGUUUAUCAGAGAAAUUAGAUUUUGUCUUCAUGAGACAACUGAGUUGCACGAAUCGUAACCUUAAAUACUGAAUGUAGAAACCACCGAUGCUAUUAAACUAAAGGUAGUUUAAAUGUGCUGUACUUUUUCCUUCUGUUUAUGGGAAUCAAACGUCAGUGUUCCUGGGCUCACGUGUACAUGUAUUCAUCAAACCUGUGAGUGCAGGCAUGCUGAUAAAAGCUCACCCCAUUUGUAUUUCCUGAGAUAAAAACCUGAUUCCAUAUUUGUGCACUCUGUGACUAGCGUGCACCACAUAUUUUAUCUUGUUUAUUUUGUGAAUUGAAAAUUACUGUUCUAUACUGGGCUGUGUUCAGUACCUACUGUUCAACGCUCCACGUUUAGUUGUGUUUUAUGUUGUGAUCUAUGUAUUUAUUUAUUUGAUAGAAUGUUUGAGCUCAACACUGAAGUAGAUGAGAACAUAUCAGAACACUAAAGUUUCUGCUGUACUGUAGCUGUUCAGUCUGGGAACCUUAGAAAACACUGAAUGAUUUCAAUUAUGUAUUUUAAUUUAAUCACUGUAAUGAGAAGUAAUAUAUCGGGAGAUAUGAACAAUGGUCUUGAUUAAGUUAUCGUGUUUCAUGGAUAACUACACCUGCUACACAUUAAACUGCUGCAAUGUU